GUGGAGCAGGUGGUAAAGGAGUUUGGGGAACACCAGGUCAAGUGUAUGAUGUGGAAGAAGUAGAUAUUAAGGAUCCUAAUUAUGAUGAUGACCAGGAGAACUGUGUCUAUGAAACAGUAGUUUUACCUCUGGAUGAAAGAGCUUUUGAAAAAACAUUAACGCCAAUCAUUCAGGAAUAUUUUGAACAUGGAGAUACUAACGAAGUUUCGGAGAUGCUGAAGAAUUUAAACCUUGGUGAAAUGAAAUACAGUGUGCCAGUGUUGGCUGUUUCCUUGGCAUUAGAGGGGAAGGCCAGUCACAGGGAAAUGACAUCUAAGCUUAUCUCUGACCUCUGUGGGACGGUAGUAAGCAAAACUGAUGUGGAAAAAUCCUUUGACAGACUGCUUAAAGAACUACCUGAAUUAGUGUUGGAUUCUCCCAGGGCACCACAGCUGGUGGGCCAGUUUAUUGCUAGAGCUGUUGGAGAUGGGGUUCUAAGCAGUACCUACAUAGAUAGCUACAAAGGCACGGUGGAUUGCAUCCAAGCUCGAGCUGCACUGGACCGAGCUACUGUGCUGCUGAGCGUGACAAAGGGUGGGAAGCGAAUUGACAAUGUGUGGGGGUCAGGAGGUGGCCAGCAGUCUGUGAAACACCUUGUUAAAGAGAUUGAUAUGUUGCUGAAAGAGUAUUUGCUUUCCGGAGAUGUACUGGAAGCUGAACGUUGCCUUCAGGAACUGGAAGUACCCCAUUUUCACCAUGAACUUGUAUAUGAAGCUGUUGUAAUGGUUUUGGAGUCAACUGGAGAAAAGACCUUUAAAAUGAUACUGGAUUUGUUGAAGUCUCUCUGGAGGUCUUCUGUCAUUACUAUGGACCAAAUGAAAAGAGGCUAUGAACGAGUUUACCGUGAAAUCCCAGAUAUUAACCUGGAUGUGCCACACUCCUAUUCUGUGCUUGAGCGGUUUGUAGAGGAAUGCUUUCAAGCUGGAAUAAUCUCCAAACCACUGAGAGACCUCUGUCCUUCAAGGGGCAGAAAGCGUUUUGUGAGUGAAGGAGAUGGAGGUCGUCUUAAGCUAGAAAGCUACUGAAUGUGAACACCAACUCCUCAAGCCUUAAAUGUUCAAAGGGAAAAUGGAUAGAUAUAUAUAUACAAACACACAUGCUUUUUGCUGUGUGUAGGUAUAUACGUAUACACAUAUAUAAUAUACCAAAAUUUUAAGAGUUGCUUAGCACAGUUCAUAUUUUUUUAAAAGCAUGUUUUGGGUACAAUUUUUUUUUAAAUAGUUUUAUAAAUUUCAGAAAGGAAACAUCUUUCUUCGGGCAUAUAGCAGAAUAACUGGCCACUCUGCUGUGGUGGUGCCUUCAAAUAAGCUACCUUUUUAAGUGCCAUGUUUAUGACCUAAGCAUUCCAUGUCUGCAUCCAUAUCUGACUGCUG